GAGUUGCUGCCAGAGAAACUGCGCAGGCUUUGAAGACUUUGGCUCAGGCAGCACGAGGGGUUGCAGCAUCUACUACUGACCCUGUGGCAGCACAUGCAAUGUUGGAUUCAGCAAGAGAUGUCAUGGAGGGCUCUGCAAUGCUUAUUCAGGAGGCAAAGCAGGCCCUGGCUGCACCAGGGGAUGCAGAUAGGCAGCAGAGAUUAGCCCAGGUGGCAAAAGCAGUGUCUCACUCCUUGAAUAACUGCGUGAAUUGUCUGCCUGGACAAAAGGAUGUAGAUGUGGCCUUGAAGAGUAUUGGGGAAUCUAGCAAGAAGCUCCUUGUGGAUUCGCUACCUCCAAGUUCUAAGUCAUUUCAAGAAGCUCAGAGUGAGCUGAACCAGGCAGCAGCAGACCUCAAUCAGUCAGCAGGAGAAGUUGUCCAUGCUACACGGGGCCAAAGCGGCGAACUGGCUGCAGCCUCUGGAAAAUUCAGCGAAGAUUUUGAUGAAUUUCUUGAUGCUGGUAUUGAAAUGGCUGGCCAAGCACAAACUAAAGAGGACCAGAUUCAAGUAAUAGGUAACCUCAAGAGCAUCUCUAUGGCUUCCAGCAAGCUGUUACUAGCUGCCAAGUCUCUGUCUGUUGAUCCUGGAGCUCCUAAUGCUAAGAACCUGUUAGCAGCAGCAGCAAGAGCUGUGACUGAGAGUAUAAACCAGCUCAUCACGCUGUGCACCCAGCAAGCUCCUGGGCAGAAGGAAUGUGACAAUGCACUCAGAGAACUGGAGACAGUUAAGGGAAUGCUGGAUAACCCCAAUGAACCUGUGAGCGAUCUCUCAUAUUUUGAUUGUAUUGAGGGCGUAAUGGAAAACUCAAAGGUUCUUGGAGAAUCAAUGGCGGGCAUCUCCCAGAAUGCAAAAACUGGGGAUCUUUUAGUCUUUGGAGAAUGUGUUGGAGUUGCAUCCAAGGCUCUUUGUGGCCUCACAGAGGCAGCAGCUCAGGCUGCUUACCUGGUUGGCAUCUCGGAUCCAAACAGUCAGGCUGGUCAGCAGGGUCUUGUUGACCCAAUUCAAUUUGCCAGAGCCAAUCAAGCAAUCCAGAUGGCUUGCCAGAAUUUGGUAGAUCCAGCAAGCAGCCCAUCCCAGGUAUUAUCAGCUGCCACAAUUGUGGCCAAACAUACUUCUGCUUUAUGCAAUGCUUGUCGCAUUGCUUCAUCAAAGACAGCAAAUCCUGUUGCCAAGAGACAUUUUGUGCAGUCUGCCAAGGAAGUUGCAAACAGCACUGCUAACCUGGUUAAAACUAUCAAGGCCCUGGAUGGUGAUUUCUCUGAAGAGAACCGCAACAAGUGCAGAAUUGCUACUGCACCUUUGAUAGAGGCGGUGGAAAAUCUGACAGCGUUUGCUUCGAAUCCAGAAUUUGUCAGCAUACCGGCACAGAUCAGCACUGAGGGAUCGCGAGCACAGGAACCAAUUCUAGUUUCUGCUAAAACAAUGUUGGAGAGCUCAUCUUUGUUGAUCAAAACUGCUCGUUCUCUGGCUAUCAAUCCUAAAGACCCUCCUACGUGGUCCGUACUAGCUGGGCAUUCCCAUACUGUCUCAGAUUCUAUCAAGAGUCUUAUCACCUCUAUCAGGGACAAGGCCCCAGGCCAGCGAGAAUGUGAUUUCUCCAUUGAUGGGAUCAAUAGAUGCAUCCGAGACAUUGAGCAGGCCUCCCUUGCAGCUGUCAGUCAGAGUCUGGCCACCAGGGAUGACAUCUCAGUUGAGGCUCUACAGGAGCAGCUGACAUCGGUUGUCCAGGAAAUUGGCCACCUCAUUGAUCCCAUAGCUACUGCAGCUCGGGGAGAGGCAGCUCAGCUUGGGCAUAAGGUAACACAGCUGGCAAGUUACUUUGAACCAUUGGUUUUAGCCGCAGUUGGCGUGGCAUCCAAAACUCUAGAGCAUCAGCAACAGAUGACCAUACUGGACCAGAGCAAGACACUAGCAGAAUCUGCCUUGCAGAUGUUAUACGCCGCCAAAGAAGGGGGAGGAAACCCCAAGGCAUCCCAUACUCAUGAUGCAAUCACUGAGGCUGCUCAACUGAUGCAAGAGGCUGUGGAUGAUAUCAUGGUUACCUUAAAUGAAGCUGCAAGCGAAGUAGGCAUGGUUGGAGGUAUGGUAGACUCGAUAGCAGAGGCCAUGAGCAAGCUGGAUGAAGGUACACCUCCAGAUCCCAAGGGAUCAUUUGUUGAUUAUCAGACCACUGUGGUGAAAUAUUCUAAAGCCAUUGCUGUUACAGCACAGGAAAUGAUGACUAAGUCGGUUACUAACCCCGAAGAAUUGGGAGGACUUGCAUCACAAAUGACCAAUGACUAUGGGCAUUUGGCUCUCCAGGGCCGAAUGGCUGCAGCUACAGCAGAACCAGAGGAGAUAGGAUUCCAGAUCAGGACUCGGGUGCAGGAACUUGGCCACGGCUGUAUCUUUCUUGUGCAAAAAGCUGGAGCUCUCCAGAUUUGCCCUACAGACAGCUACACCAAAAGGGAGUUAAUAGAAUGUGCUCGUGCUGUCACAGAAAAGGUCUCCUUGGUUUUGUCUGCCCUUCAAGCAGGAAACAAAGGCACGCAAGCCUGUAUUACUGCAGCUAGUGCCGUGUCUGGGAUAAUUGCAGAUCUAGACACCACUAUCAUGUUUGCUACUGCUGGAACCCUUAAUGCUGAGAACAACGAAUCAUUUGCAGACCACAGGGAAAACAUCCUGAAAACAGCAAAAGCUUUAGUUGAAGAUACAAAAUUGUUGGUUUCUGGUGCUGCCUCGAGUCAGGACAAACUGGCCCAAGCAGCUCAGUCAUCAGCUAACACCAUCACUCAGCUUGCUGAGGUAGUAAAAUUGGGAGCGGCUAGCUUGGGAUCGGAUGAUCCUGAAACACAGGUUGUCCUGAUCAAUGCUAUCAAGGAUGUUGCAAAGGCCCUUUCUGAUCUCAUUGGUGCUACCAAAGGAGCUGCUAGCAAACCAGCAGAUGAUCCAUCCAUGUAUCAGCUGAAAGGUGCUGCCAAGGUGAUGGUAACAAACGUCACAUCACUUUUGAAGACUGUUAAAGCAGUAGAAGACGAAGCUACUCGCGGGACAAGAGCUCUUGAGGCCACAAUUGAGUACAUCAAACAAGAACUCACGGUGUUUCAGUCAAGUGAGGUUCCAGAAAAGACAUCGUCACCUGAAGAAUCAAUUCGGAUGACGAAAGGAAUCACCAUGGCAACUGCCAAAGCUGUUGCAGCUGGGAACUCAUGCAGACAGGAGGAUGUGAUUGCUACAGCAAAUCUGAGCCGCAAAGCAGUAGCUGACAUGCUAACAGCCUGUAAGCAAGCAUCAUAUCACCCAGAUGUGAGUGAAGAAGUUCGCGAGAGAGCCCUGCGCUUUGGAACAGAAUGUACUCUGGGAUACCUGGAACUCCUGGAACAUGUUCUCCUGAUCCUUCAAAAACCAACUCCAGAACUAAAGCAUCAGUUGGCCUCUUUCUCCAAGCGGGUUGCUGGUGCUGUCACAGAGCUCAUCCAAUCAGCAGAAGCAAUGAAAGGGACAGAGUGGGUGGAUCCAGAAGACCCAACAGUCAUUGCGGAGGCAGAGCUACUAGGGGCUGCAGCAUCAAUUGAGGCUGCAGCAAAGAAAUUAGAGCAGCUGAAACCAAGAGCCAAGCCAAAGCAAGCAGAUGAGACUCUGGAUUUCGAAGAACAGAUCCUGGAAGCAGCUAAAUCCAUUGCAGCUGCUACCAGUGCCCUUGUGAAGUCAGCUUCAGCAGCCCAGAGAGAACUGGUGGCACAGGGAAAGGUUGGAGCAAUCCCUGCAAAUGCAGCUGAUGAUGGACAGUGGUCUCAGGGACUUAUUUCUGCUGCCCGAAUGGUGGCAGCUGCAACCAGCAAUCUCUGUGAAGCAGCUAAUGCCUCGGUACAAGGCCACGCUAGUGAGGAGAAGCUCAUCUCAUCUGCCAAACAAGUGGCAGCUUCUACAGCACAGUUGCUUGUAGCUUGCAAAGUGAAGGCUGAUCAUGACUCGGAAGCCAUGAGGAGGCUACAG